AUGGCUGCGAAGAAGGCGCAGAAGGAGGAGCAGCAGAAGCGGCAUGCGGCCAUGCAGGCAGCGAGGGACAAGAAGAAGGAAGAGCAGGAAGAGCGUAAAGAGGCGAAAGCUGCGAGGGAUGCAGCGAAAAAAUCGAAGUCGCCUUCUUCGCCACCGAAACCAGCCAAGUCGCCCAAGUCGCCAUCACCUCCCAAGAAAUCGCCAUCUCCCUCUCCCGUGCCGCCCAAGAAGUCACCGUCACCGUCUCCUCCGAAAUCUCCCGUUAAGCCGACAACUCCCACUCCUUCCACGCCAAAGCCGACUACUCCGUCAACUCCUUCGACUCCGUCAAAGGGUUCCGUCAACCCUGCUGACGUGUCCGUCAUCGCGAAUCUCCAGGCGGCGGCAACGUUAACGGCGGACGCGGCCGACCUGUUGACGCCCAAAAAUCAGUACUACGCGAAUCUAAAGAGCACCGAGCAGGCUCUUCAGAACGCGGUGAUUCUAAUCCACCAGGGUCAGCGCGCGCUGGUGGCGACGCAGGUUGACAACUCCGUCGCGACACUUAACGGCGUGUCGGUGAUGCUUAACAAAGUGACGUACAAAGACGCGUUGGACCUCAUUAACCAGGCGAAAACCAAGGCUGCUACUGCCAAAACGGACUUCAAACCCACGAAGAGCUGCAUGUUGGGUGCAAGAGUGGCAUCGGAGCACAAACCCAUGUUCCGUUUGAAACCGAGCCAGCACCAUCGUCAGGGCCAUCUGCUGGCCCGGCUGUUGGGCCAGUCUCACCUGCAGCGAUCGGAACAGGCCCAGUCUCCUCUGCUGCGUCAGAAACAGUUUGAGCCUUUGCCGUUAUCCCAGACGCAUCCUCCUCCUCACUCCCAUCCCCUUCCUCACUCCCGUCUCUCUCCGCAUGUUCAUCAUCCUCCUCCCUUUCCUCACUCUCACCCCCCUCCCCAAUCCCUUCACUCUCCUCACUCCCAACCCCCUCCUCACUCCUCUCAAUCUCUUCAAUUCCAUCACUUGAAACACCUUGAGUACUAA